AUGGGGAAUACAUCGUCUCAGCCUGAACCAUUCCCUGAAAUCCCAGAGAAUUUCGGAGAUAUCAUUCCCGAAACUCCGAAUUCUUCUAUGGUCGAUGGGACGAAGAAAAAGGGAAAGAAACGUCGCUCCUCAGCAUCUAAGGCUUUGUCGCCGGCAACUACGGAAGCCAAUGGCGCAAAGCCCUCCGCAGAAAUAGACUCCAACAUGUCGAAUCCUUCAAAGCGAAAGCGCGAGUCUGAACCCGAGCAGUCUGAACCCGUGCGCAAGCAAAAAUCCAAGAAGAAUCGCAAAUCAGACAAAAUUGUUGCCGAGUCAGCUUCGUCAGAAAACAACUCACCUCCCUCUGCAAUUCCGGUUCAAAUUCCCCCCACUCCCAACCAGUCCACUCCGUCAAAGCCUAAGCCCAAGUCCUCGGCGAAGAAGUCUCGCAGGAAAAAUGGCGAAGAAUUGGAAAGCCACGCUUCGUCCAUUCCUCAACCUACUUCCGACUUAGCGGCUACAGAAAAACCGCCCGCUGUAAACCAGCUAGCUGUCACAAAGAAAACCCCAGCUCCUGACUCACCAAACCCCGAGGGUAGCACCACAUCAGGAGGCAGGGCUAAGGGGGUUAGAGGCUCGCGCACCAGGGAAAAAGACAAUUUGAAAAUUGGCUUCUAUACGCCGGAAGAAGUGCAAAAAAUCGAAGCAUACAAACUCAAUUUUUGCACCAUGCAUGGCAUUGCCAGCGCCAAAUUUGACGAGAUGGUUCAACACUCCGAGCGUGGCGCAACCGGCGAAUUUCCAGCCCCCUCGGAUGUUAUCUCAAAAAGCGACUUCUGGGACGAGAUCUACGCUCUUGUUCCAGACCGUGAUCGGCGAUCUGUGUACAGAUUCAUGCGCCGACACUUCCAAGCUUCGGCUCAAAAGGCGCACGAUUGGUCGAAGGAACAAGAGGAAGAGCUUAUUGAGCUUCACGCCAAACACGGCCCGAAAUGGACUUACAUUGGUAAGCUCAUUGGGCGCAGUGAUGACGAUGUCACUCAACGCUGGAAGAAUAAGCUCGAGCACCAGGGAACCAUGAACCAAGGCGCAUGGUCGGAGGAGGAAACCGGGAUUUUCCUCAACGCUGUGGAAUCAACGUGGAACACCAUGAAGCCAAUGCUUGCCGAUAAAUCAAGCAAGGACAUGUACGAGCUGGACGAGCGGCUCAUUGUAUGGGGUAACAUCAGCAAGGCGAUGGGUCAUAUGCGAUCUCGACAACAAUGCGCAGACAAAUGGCGCAAGAUCGUGAAGCAGGUCAUGACCAUGCGGGCCAAUGGUCACCCAGGCGCAGUUUUCGAUCCCAAACUUGCUGCUAAGAAAAGUGCCCACUGGAAUUUGAGACUGGAGGCGCAAAGGAAAAGCUCUCAAUUCGUGAAUGAAGAUUCUGAUCACGACGAAGCUACGAAAACUACUAAACGGACCCUAGAGCCCAAUGGUGAGGUAGCACCAUCCCCCACUGCCAAUGCCAAUGUCGAGUCCGACCAUGAUGCGCAGUCCGAGGAGGGCGAGCCCGACUUGCCCGAGCCUCCCAAAAAGGCUAAGAAGUCAAAAUCCAAGCGGAAGCACAACGAAGACCCCGCCUCCAGUCCUGCCAAGGAAGCCCCGUCGUCUCCCGCCAAUUCUAUAAAGAGCAAAGAGGAGAGGAAGCGCGAGAAGAAGGAGCGACGAGAGAAGGAGAAGCAAGGGCAGAUUGAGCAAGAAGCCCAGGAAGACAAGGCCGCACGCAAAGAGCGCAAGCGCAAGAGAAAGGAGGAGAAGAAGCGAAAGAGACUAGAGGAAGAGGAGGCCAACAAGCCAUCUAGCAGCGGUGCCGAGGCCCCUGAGCCCCCCGAAAAGAAGGGAAAGUCCAAGAAGGAGAAGCAAGCUUCUAGUGACAGCCCUGCCCCUUUGGCUGAACCUUUUCGUCCUGUUAUCGAAGAGACCCCACCCCCCGCACCACCUGCUUCUCACGGAUCUGCCACUGAAAAUGAUGCUAUCGUCGAUGAAUCUGACUCGGACGGUGGGGAUGACGACAGCAGCGUAACCAACGUCAAGUACGAGACUGACUCGGACGAGCUGUGA